AUGUCAGCUUUAGAAUUUGAAUCAAGAUUUGAAUCAGGAAAUUUGUAUCAAGCCUGGAGAGUAUCACCUCAGCAAUAUAUUUUGUUAAUUCGCAACGACCUAAGUACGUUGGGCCACACACAAUGGUUUUAUUUUAGAGUAAGAAAUAUGAUACGAAAUAAAUGGUACAACUUCAAAAUUAUAAAUUUCUCUAAAAAGCAUAAUUUAUAUUCUCAAGGUAUGCAGCCUUUGGUGUACUCAGAACACUUGGCAGAAAAAUAUAAGAUUGGAUGGUUUCGAAGUGGAUCCAACGUUCGAUACCGACAAACAAAUGUUGAUUUCGUUCAACGUUUCUCAUAUCUACGCAGUGGAAAAUCUUACUACACGCUUGAGUGGGAUGUGACCUUCCCGCAAGACAACGACACUUGCUUCAUGGCCCACUGCUAUCCCUACAACUACACAAACCUGCAACAAGAUCUCAGUGAGCUGGUGAGCACCCGUCCGAUGUUGGUCCAACUGAACUCCCUGUGCAGCACGUUGGCUGGAAACACCUGCUUCCACAUCGCUGUUGAUGAUUCAUUUGCUGUAAACAGAGACAAGAAGGUGGCCGUGAUAACAGCAAGGGUGCACCCAGGUGAGUCCAACAGUAGUUUGAUCGUCAAAGGCCUUCUCGAUUACCUUACUUCUUAUUCUUCUUCAGCUCAAGAGCUUCGCAAAUUAUUUGCUUUCCAUAUAAUUCCCAUGUUGAAUCCAGAUGGCGUCAUUGUCGGCAAUUACAGAUGUUCACUGGCGGGAAAAGACUUGAACCGAACGUUCAACCAGCAGGACUGCCAUUUGUAUCCAACAAUUUAUCAUUUUAAAAAAAUGCUAGAAAAAAUGAAGGAUAAGAUCGUUUUGUAUUGCGACCUACAUGGACACAGUCAGAAGCACGACGUCUUCAUGUAUGGAUGUUCUCGAGAAAAUCUACUUAGCUUCAACCCAGAGUUAUAUUUGCAAAGUAGGUUGAUUCCUUGGCUCAUGGCUAAACAGAGUCCUGAGAAAUUUCUAUUUAGUGGAUGCACCUUCCACAUUAAGAAAAACAAGGAGUCGACAGGAAGAGCAGUGGUCUUCAAACAAUUCAACGUGGAAAACAGCUACACGCUGGAGGCAACCUUUUCUGGUUCACCAUCGUCCAAGUAA